AUGGGCAAUUCAGAAGGUGGACUACGCAUUGUCGAAAAUUCCGAUUUACUCUACGAGUAUAACAAAAAUGUUCGACCAGCGGUUAUAUCUUUUUCACUGGGUCUUGAUUAUCCUGCAAGUUGUCCGAAUCUUCUUGCUGGCUUCAUUCAUAUCAAACCGAAUGAUUCUUUCAAACAAGACAGUAUUCUCACAUGCACUCCACUAUGUUUAUACGUUAUUCGAGGUUGUGGUACAACAAAGAUUGCUGAUGAAGGCCAAGUAGAUUGGUCCGAAGAUGAUCUAUUAGUCGUUCCUUAUCAAACACAAGCACUCAAUCAUUUUGCACACGAAGAUACGGCCUUCUAUUAUGUACAUGAUGAGCCUCUUCUCAAGUAUCUUCGGGCAAAGCCAGCUGAGAAAGCUUUUACAACGACUAUUUUUCGAAGUCAUGUUCUACGAGAGAAAGUAGAAAGCAUUCGAGAAAAACCAGGUAGUGAACACGCGAAUCGACUUGGUACAUUAAUCGGAAAUCCAGAUAUAAGUGAAACAAAGUCUUUAACACAUACAUUAUGGGCAUUAAUGAAUGUUCUACCAGCGAAUUCAUUGCAAAAACCACAUCGUCAUAAUGCCGUAGCAUUGGAUUUGGUUACAUAUGCACCUAAAGGAAAGUGUUAUACACUGAUUGGUUAUGAUCUAAAUGAAGAUGGUACCAUUCGUUCACCGACUCGAUUAGAAUGGAAAUCAGGUAGUGCAUUUACAACUCCUCUUGGCAUGUGGCAUUCGCAUCACAAUGAAUCGACAGAUGAAGAUGCUUGGAUUUUGCCAAUGCAAGAUGCUGGUCUAUCUAAAUUGGAAAUAUUACCAAACGAAAUAUUUUUUAAUAUAUUUUCUCAUUUAUUAUGGAACGAUAUAUUAACAUCAUUUUGGUUAUUAAAUAAACGAUUUAAUUCACUUAUUUAUUUAAACUUUUCAAUAAAUAAUUGUGGAAUUAUUAUUAAUAAAACAAGUUUAUCUUAUAAAAUAUUUUUAUCAAAAUUAUUUCCAUUAAUUUCUAAUUGUUCGUCUCUGAUUAAUUCUAUUCGACAUAUUCAUUUGGAUGGAACAUGUCCACAUAGUUAUGAUUUUUUUAAUAAGAAUCAUUGUAUUCAGAAUUAUCCUAAUCUUAAAUCACUUAUUCUUGAUCAAUUUUAUUUAUCUAAAGUAUUAAUUAAUAAUUUGUGUUUUCUUAUUACAGGCCGAUUGAACGAACUUACAAUGAUCUUAGAUGAUGUUUUUACAGUAUUUGAAUUGGAAAAGGAACUUUUGGAAAGGGCUGCCACUCAAAAGAUUCGUCUACAUUAUGCAUGUUUUAUUGAAUAUAUUAUUGAACAUGCACCUUAUAUUGAACGAUUAUUGGUUUGUCUCAAGACAUCAUGGAACAGAUAUCAAUUAUCGGAUUUGGCAAGUGAAAAAUUUGAACAAUCGAAUACAAUCUCGUCUAAUAAAAAAUUCCGAGCAGAAAAAUUAAAAUAUCUUAUAUUAAAGAGUACGGUUGAGUAUGAUGGUCAAUUAUAUUAUUUAAAAUGGUUUUUUAAUAAUUUAAAUAGUGUUGAAAAGAUCAAAAUUCGUCUUAAGAUCGAUGGAACUUGUGAGAAAAAUCCAAUAAUAUAUGGAUCUAUUGUUGAUGCAAACUUUAUUCGGAAAUAUUUAAUGAAUGAUCGAAUAAUUAAUUUAAUUCAUUUUGAUUUUUAUAUUGUUUCCAAAUGUAAAUUAUUGUCAAAUUAUAGUGAAAGAACAAUUAAUUCAUUUAAAAAUCAUUCCUUUUUUAUCGAACGUCAUUGGACAAAUGUUAAAUGUUUGUUCGAUGAAAUAAAAUUUUAUCAACAUCUUUCUUCUUCGCCAUCUACUAUUAAUAAUCUCUCAGAAUAUUUUCACGAUUUAAUAAUUUAUCCAGAUAUUUUUUAUUGGCCAAAUGUGAAAUAUAUUCAAAUAGAUUUGAAUGAAAAUGUAUAUUCGUAUCUCGAACGAUUUGAUAAAUGCUUUCCAAAUGUGUCUUGUGUUAAAUUUAAUACGGCAUACUAUGAAAGAUUCGUCGAUCAAAAUACAGAACGUGCAAAAAUCCUUGCUCGUAUUAUUUCAAUGCCCAUUCAACUCAAUUAUCUUCGGAUCGAAAAUUUUCAAUGGCUUUUACAUCUUGUUGAAUACGCGUUUGAUGAAUUAAAAGAAAAUGCAUUAAGCAACGUGAGAUACACGGAAUUUUCUCUUCCAAGUUGUCGUCGUGGCACAAAUGAAUCAGUUCAUCUUGGAAAAUAUCUUGUACCUUUUCUUAGUAAACAUAUGCCUUAUCUACAAACAUUGUGUCUUUGGAAACCAGAUGAUUUUCCUUGGUCAUCAAUUCGACCAGAUUUUAAUCGAGCACGUUAUGGACUUUUAGCUCGACAAUGGUCAAAAUCUUUAAAAACAGCUGAAUCGAUUAAUAAACAUGUAACUCUUUUUGAAAAUGAUCUUUCUCAAUUAGUCGAACAAUUGAAACAAUUUGUUUAUCUGAAUAUUUAUGGCCAUAUCAUUGAUGAAAAAGUCGAACCUUAUCGAUUGAUGAUUCAAAAACGUUUUCCUAAUACUUAUUUCUCUAUUGAAAAAUCGAGAUUUCGUCUUUGGAUAUAA